AUCCCGCCUUUUUUAUAUAUAUACCAUCCUAAACCCUAAAUAAAUAAAUAAAUAAAGCCAGCGUGGAGCUGACUAGGACUAGGUGGGCCCCAACUCUUUCCCGAAUCUAGUAUACACCAUAAAGAUAAGUUGGUCCGAAUAACUCGAGCCCAAAAGGAUCAAGUCGGGUCCUACAUCACGAUUCGAUUGUCUAAAGCCCAGCCCACACCAACUUCUUCAGCCACCUCGAAGCUCUGCUCUCACUCUCACCCUCCGCUUUCCAUCUCCUCACAAUGCCAACUCUUUCGCUCCUAUUCCUCUUCUUCAUCUCAUCUCUCUGCGCCCGAGCCCAUCCCCAUCCCCAGGAAAAGGACGAUGCCAGCGCCGGAGCUUCCGGAAUGCCGCUUUGGUGCGUCGCCAAGAACAACGCCGAGGACAGCGCGCUGCAAUCGGCGCUCGAUUGGGCCUGCGGUCAGGGCGGAGCUGAUUGCAGUCAGAUCCAGCCGGGCGGGCCAUGCUUCCAGUCCAAGGACGUCCAAUCCCUCGCUUCCUUCGCCUUCAACGACUACUUCCUCCGCCGCGGUUCCUCCCCAUCCGACUGCGACUUCGCCGGCUCCGCCGCCCUCACCUCCCUCGAUCCCACCAGUGGCAGCUGUCGAUUCCCCUCCAGCUCAUUGGCUGGGAAUGGCAACUUUGUUGGAUCAACAAACACCAGCCUGGGUCCAUAUGGAGCUGAUUUGAAUAGCGCUACUCCUCUCUUGUUCUGUAAAUCAUGGAAAGAGGUAGUCAUGAUGUCUUUAUUAUUGCUGGUCCAUGCUGCUGUGAGCAAGGAGAUGCUUUUUUCCGGGGAUUAAGGGCAUUAGUUUAGGAAUUCACCAUGUAUGAUGUUGUUCAAGCUGGUUUGUCUGGAGAACAUCAAAUUGAUAUCUUCAUCUCAUGAGUUAAAAUUUUUCCCUGCCAAAUUAAAGCAUUUGGCCAAUUCUUUUUUCA